AUGGCGGGCCCGGGCGAGGCGCCGCAGUGGCAGCGGGUGCUCAGCGACGCGCUUGACCUCGCGCUGGUCGAGCUCGCCGCGGACCAGGCGGGAAAGGUCCGCGAGGAGGUGUCGGCGGAGCUGAACGCCGUCGUGCGGGCCGCGAAUAACGUGUUUGGCUUCAAGUUCAGCGGGCGGGAGUUCGACCCGGCGGCGUAUGUGCGCUUCCUGGCGGCCGCAAGCGCCUGCUUCAACCUCAGCGCGGAUGACUUCGCGGGAGGCGACGUACUGGAGAUCCACGGAUACCUACGCUCGAUCAUCGGGGAGAUGACCACGUCCUUCCCCGCGGCGCACGACGCCCUCGAGCGCACCCAUGGAAAGGACACCAUCGAUCAGUGCCUCAACAAGUGCCGCGUUGCGCGCCCGCUCCUCGUCAAGACCGAGAUCCUGGAGGCGCUGUUACCGUUGGGGCUGAAAGUGCCCGAAGAGGUCGGGGGGGCGGACCGGGCCGCGAAGGACGCGCUCACGCAGCUCGAGAGGCUCGAGACGUACAAGCAACAGGUCGCGGCGAAGGCCAAGGCCGGCAAGAAGAGCAAGCUCGCACCGAUUGUUGCGAGCGUGGAAACCAUCCAGAAAGCAAUCGUGGACGCGCGGCGCCAGCCGAGCGGAGAUCGGCAGCAAGAGAGCCUGGAGAAGGUCCUGCAUGACUACGUGCAAAGCGAGGGCGCGAGCAUCCAGGCCGGCAUGCGCGCGUGGGGGUGGAAAGCCCUGCAGGCCGUCAUGGACGCGUUCCCCCGGCAGGCCCGCGCCCCGGACGCGACCCCGCCGGCGACCGAGGCCCAGGUCGCGACGGACGCCGCCAACCCCACGCCAGGCGCGAUCUGGCUGCCAGACGCGCCGCCGGCUCGCCGCGGCGCCGCGACGGCCUCGCCCGCGCGCCCCGCUUCCGCCGCCACGGCGCAGCGCGGGCCGCAGUCGCCGCGCCCCGCGGGGGGGUCGCCGCAAAAGUCCCCCCACGCGAGGGCCGUCCAGGCCGGCACCGCGGACCUCCGCGAGUGGCCGGUGGACACCAAGUGGCGCUGCCAUCGCACGGUCCCGUUCGGCCUCGAGCAGGCCCCCGCCGACCCGGAGUCCUGCACCUACUGGUGUCGCGUGUGUGGGCGGGGCGGGCUCGCGGUGGCACAGCUCACGUACCACGUCAGGACGGCCCACGGCGACCUCGUGCGUCGCAGCCGGCGCGUCGUCGACGGCGAGUCGUCCUGGGACGCCGACCCGCGCCCUCUGUACCUGCCGCUCGCCGCAGAUCCGACGACGCGUCCGGCGGGGCGGCCCCGCGUCGCCGCGAGCUGCCUGCACCCGGGCAGCUCCCAGGCCGAGCGCGCGGCCGCGACCGCCGCGCCCGAGGGGCGGGCGCGUGUUAUUGCGCAGGGGGGAGGAACGGCGACGCCGCGCUCGGGCUCGAAGGGACAGGCGCUCGCGAAGGCUGCGCGGGUGGCCGGGGAGGUAGCGCCGAGCGGCGCGGCCGCCAGGCAGCGGCCGCCGUCGACGAAGGCGAGUCCGGCGGCGCUGCAGCGGGCGCGAGUGGGCGGCAGCGCGGCGGCGUUGCCUGCGCGGCGGGGGCCCGCGGAGGGCGGCGGCAGCGUGCUGGAGAAGCUGCAGCUGCGGGCGCCGGUCUCGGCGAAGGCGGCGAUGAGCGGGGGUGUCGCGUUCAGGGGCGGAGCCCCCCCCGGAGCGUCGAAGAUGACGUAUGGCGAGAAGAUGCGCGCGGCAAGGCGGGCCGCGGGGCGAGGAAGCUCGUCUAGCUCGGAGGACGGGGGCGGCCGGGACGACGAGCCGCAGUUCACGCCGCAGGCGCUCGUGGUCGCGAGGCGGCCGGAGGCGGCGCGCGGGGCAGCACAGGGGCGCGCGCCGGGCGCGGGGUCGGCGCGGGCGACGCCGGCGCGCGACGAGGCGGGGCAGGCGAUGGACGACUUCCUGGACGCUGUGCUCGCGUCCGGCGGGCCGCGGCCCGCGCGGGCGGACGCGGCGCACCGCACCCCAGAAGGAACGCCGCAGCGGGCCCGGGAGGUGGGUUCGGCGCGGCCGACGCCGCGGAGCGGCGCAGCGCGCAGCUCACCGCAGUUGCAGGGCGCCGGGGCGGCGGCCGUCGUCGGCCUGGGCGGCGCCAGGCAGGCAUUGCACAGAACGCUGCAAGGCCUGCCGGACGCGCUGGGUGAGGCGAUGAUGCGCGCCGACGCCGUGGUUGGACGCAAGGACGCAGCGGUGAAGUUCGGAGGCCGGGCCGAGGGCCGGCAGGAGGCGCGGUGGAAGACCACGCAGGAGGAGCUCGCGAGUCCGCAGGGCCGAGGCACAGGCCCGCAGCGCGAGCUGUCGCUGUCGCCCCCGCGGCCCGUCGUGCGCCGGGAGUCGCACCGGUCGAUCGCGCCACUACGUGCGCAGCCAGCAGCGGGCCGCACGCCGCAGAAGGGGGACGCCAACAAGCUCGCGCUCUCGCCACAGGGUGUGACGAAGCGGAAGGCCUCCUACGCGCUGGGCGCGGCGAGCCCCAGCAGGCCCGGCGGGCCGCGGCGGAUGGCGUCGCCGUCGGAGAUCCACGAUCCCGGCGCGGACUCGAGCGACGACGAGCGCAGAGCGCCCCCGCUCAAGCGCGCGAGGACUGGGAAAACCCUGCGCGGGUGCUGGACGGACGCCGAGUGCGACACGCUCGCAGAGCUGGUGGCUGCAUGGUACGCGACGGAGAGGACGAGGCGGGGCAACACGAUAUGGAAGUGGGUGUUGCAGCAGGGGUGGGAGCGCGGCGCCUUCGCGUUCCUGCAAGACGCAUCCAACGCGGAGGUGAGGCUGAAGGACAAGUACCGUAACAUGGAGAUGCACCGCGGGGUGAAGAAGCUGGAGGACUUCAAGAGGGAGGCGCGCAUGGCGCAGGGGUGA